CGUGGUCCCGCACUCCACCCUACCCGACGGCCACGCCCCCUCCCCAGAUAUCUGCUUGUAGUCGGAGGCCAGUAGCUGGGACGACUCGAACUCCUCGACUUAAACGUGUCGCUAGCAGGCCUUUAGCAGUCGGUGACCCCACCACCUCCUCUGGUUCCAGGUUCUGCCCUGUGUCUCCUGUGUCAGGUCAGCCAUGUCAUCUGAGCCACCCCCGCCGCCACAGGCCCCGACGCACCAGACUAAUGUCGGGCUAUUGGACACUCCUCGGGCCCGGGAUCGCUCUCCAUCCCCACUGCGAGGCAAUGUGGUCCCUAGUCCUCUGCCCACCCGCAGGACAAGGACCUUCUCAGCGACGGUGAGGGCUUCACAGGGCCCUGUCUACAAAGGAGUCUGUAAAUGCUUCUGCCGGUCCAAGGGCCACGGCUUCAUCACCCCAGCUGAUGGUGGCCCUGACAUCUUCCUUCACAUCUCUGAUGUGGAAGGGGAGUAUGUUCCAGUGGAAGGCGACGAGGUCACCUAUAAGAUGUGCUCUAUCCCGCCCAAGAAUGAGAAACUGCAGGCUGUAGAGGUGGUGAUCACCCACCUGGCACCGGGCACCAAGCAUGAGACCUGGUCCGGGCAUGUCAUCAGCUCCUAGGGCCUACAAGAACCCUUCUCCUGGGCUUGAGGGAGACUUUGGGGAGGAGGAGCAGGACACCCUGGAUAUAAUACUCUGCCACACACGAUGGGGCCUCAAGGCGGGCACGGCCCCUUUCAAGCAUUUCCUGGAAGAAGGGAGUUGUGGGUAGGCAGGAGGUGCUCUCAGCCACUAGCACAGCCUCCAGCCAUUGCAACAAGCUCUCACUGUCUGAAAACAUUAAAAGCAUUUGAAAAAGAGGGACCUGCGGUGGCUGAGUGGGGAGGGUGCAGCCCCAGCCCAGGGCGGGUAGGCCAAACAUGCUAUUUCCCCAGAUGCUCCACCUAGGUCAAGCAAGCCCAUAAGAACUCCUCCUGGACUAAAGACACCCCCCCCCCAAUCUAUUUGGCUCCCUGAGGGGUGUCACCAGCCCUAUGAGGCUCCCCAUGAUCCAAUGCCCUGACUAACUUGGGACUAGGUCAUAUCUAACUUCUGAUUGUCAGCCUGACUACUUCAGGCUUAUUAUGUAUGUGGGGAACUUUCCAGAGGACUUUGCCUCUUAGUGUCUUUACAACAGGUAUGUUUCCACCUUCUGGGAAAGACUCCAACCCUUAGGAGCUCCUGCUCUAACCAGCAAUCUGGGGCUCAGCUGACCCCCACCCCUGGGAAUGCUAGUCUUUUCUGCUUGUAGGUAUAAGGUACCAUUCCCUGUGGCAUUAAGCCUACCUUUAAGCCAGUGCUGAAGGGAGCUGUGGGGGUGAGGAGGAGGCCUCUUCAGGAAGAGCUGUAGGGGUGGUGGUGGAGGGGGGUGGUGCAUGCCUUGUAAUCUCUGCACUUGGGGGGCCGAAAUAGAGUUCUAGGUGCAACCAAAGCCUAACCAUACCAGAGUAAAAGCAAAGCUUCACUCAGCGGGGCCAUGCCCACCUUGAGGGCUCCUCUUGUGUGGUAGAGUGUUAUUUCCAGCUUUUUUAUGGAUAGCUAGGGGCAAUGGGGUGACAAAGAAGGCUGUCAACCUCGGGGUCCUUUCUGGGUCCUUCCAAAGUGGCUUUGGAAGUCUGGGCCGUCAGCCAAGCCUGGAAUGGAAAAGGCACCUCUGACCUAGUAGCAAAAGCAUCUGCCGGUAGCCCAACAACAAAGAUGGUCAGACUGGGCAGUGGAGGCGGACUAGCUGCACAGGACUCUUGCACAGUUAGCCACUUAUUUUUGGUUUGUGCAGAUGUCUGAGGACGCCUGUUUCAGUCACCCUUUAAAAAGAAGAAAUAGGGCCUGUCACUGACCUCCAGCUCACCAGACAGGCUAGGCUGGUUUCUGCCUGGCCCAGCUUCCCUACUUCUGGGACUACUUAAGUGUACACCACCACACCUGGCUUUUUCUGGGGCUUGAACUCAUUCACAUCCUUCAAACACUUUACCCUCUGAGCUGUGUCCUGACCCCCAUGACUUUCUGAAAGCCAUGACCGUCAUCAGAGUUCCAGCCUUUGUCCCCUCAGGAUGGACCCUCAUCCAGAAUUAAGACAUGCUGAUGUCUACAGUGCCCCCAAUAUCAAAGAGCCUCUGGUUUGGACCACUGGGGCCCCAGUCACCCCUGCAGUAUUGGCACCCCUGUUCUAACGAGAUCUCAACUCCGUUUCAAAAACCCAUUACCCAACUACUUCUAUUUUUAAAUCACAACUAAAGCCAAAGCCAACCACCAAAAAGAAGUGCAAGGAUCAGUUCCCUUGAAACACAUCUAUAGUGCUGCAGGCAGGGCACUCAGAGGGGUCUGUGGGAGUUUGAGCUAGUUAAUAAAAGAAACCAGCAGGGUAUGAAGGCACACCUGUGACCCCAGCAAGUAGGAAGGCAAGAAGGGUGCUAAGAGUUCGGGGAUAGCCCAGGCUGUAAGUAAGGCCCUGUCUCAAAAAAACAAAACAAAACCAAAACCAAACAAACCCUAAAACACCUUGCAGGCAGAGGCUUCAGUGUAGCUCACUGUAGUGCCUGUUGACAUUUCCAAGGCCCUGGGCUCCCCCGGCACUGUGGACGGGACACACACACACACACACACACACACACACACGACUACUUAGCAUUGGCCAGAGCUGUCUUAAGCCUUGCUUCCCCAUCCAAGGUAUACUACUUCAAUGCUAACGUUACAAGGCCAUCAGAGUCAAAGUUCUGGGGUUUAUGCUAGCAGUAGAACCCAGAGCCCUGCACAUGCAGGCUGAGUGCACGACCACAGAGCUAAGUCCUCAGCCCUUGUUUGUUGUUUUGAGACAUGAUUGUGGACCUGCUAGUGGGCCCUGCCCCCCACAGAGCUGGCAGCCCAGUUUUGGCAGCAUGGCCUCGGAUUCUUUUGUCUCACAGAAUCCUUUGUAAAUGGCUUUUCCUGUAUGGUCACAUCACUUCAGCCUCUAGACUAUUCUGGAACUGCAGGGUUAUUGGUGUUAGAAGAGACCCCCUCUCUUCAGGCAGGUGUGUCAAUUUCUAGAUCAGGAAGGACCCAGGAAGGUGACGGGCAGAAAAGAACAGAUGCCCAGAUCUAGACCUGUGACCCCAUCAGCUAACUUCCUCAAUAAAGUUUGUUUUGUGCAACAA